AUUUUUUGAUUGAAAAAACAAGUUUCGUCAAAAAAAUUUAACGAAAAUUCAAAGUGAUGUUUAUGAAAAUAAAAUUUAUUUAAAAUAGUGUUUUUAAGUGAAUUAAACAUUUUAAAAUCAUUGAUUAUUAAAGAAUAAUUAAGAAAAAUCAAAUAAUUUAAGUACGAAUUUAUUAUGGCGGAUACGAUAAAUAAGACAUUAGUUGAACAAACACUUAUUUUUCAUGGUUUACCGUUGAUUAAGACAUGGAAUGAAGAAUAUGGUGCCAAUAGUUUAAGCAGUAUGGGAAUUCAAGCGACAAAUAUCAUUGAUACAUCUUUAUACCAUGCACGUCUCAAAAAUCUUUCGUACACAGAUCGAUCAAAAAGAAUGAAAUUGCAUCAUUUCAUUUGUAACAAGUCGGCAAACUUAUUUAAAAAUUUUAGAGAAGAUCCGUCAGAUAAGAGAAUUAAGAAGCUUGUAGCAUCGGGAGGUGAUGUCAUUCCUCCUUUGGAAUAUUUCUCAAACAUCAAUCGAGAUGAGCGAGUUAACAAGUUCUUUUCGUCGAUAAAGUUAGGAGAUAUUGUGUACGGGAUAGUCACACAAAGCACAAAGGUUGGAUUACAAGUUAAGAUUCUGUGCACUGUUGGAUCAAUCACUUGUCUAGUCUCGGACCUGAAUUUAAAAGGAACAGUAAAUCAUGUAAAUCUGAUAUCAGCACUAGAUUCAAAAAAUAUUUCAAGGCAGUUCCUGAUUAAUGAUUAUGUAUGUUGUGAAGUCUUAGAUUUUGGAGAUCAAUAUCCACAGCUUAAUCUAGGAAUGCGUUCAGAAUAUGAAAGAUAUGACAAUGGUCCAGGUUUGGGCCUCGUUACUUUUCAGCAAUUACCUCAAUUUUACAAGAUUGCUAUAGAACAACAAAACCAAGAAAAGUCUUUUAAUCAAAUUUUGAAAGAAUCUGAAUCAUUUAAGAAUCCAGGAAUUGUUGAAAACUUAUUAAUAGAAUCGGGACUACAUCAUAAUUUAUAUUAUUCAUUCAUGUCGAAGAAUAAAUUUCCACAAGAUGAGUACGCAAAAGAUUUGCGUCAGCAGCAAGCUAGCAAAUUGGCUUUCAGAGCUGUUGCUGAAGGAAUUGCACAUUUCAAAGAAGGGAGGCACACAGAAGCAUUUCAAUGCCUCAACAAAGCACUCUCAAUUGAUCCAAGAAAUGUAGAAGGUUUAGUGGCAAGAGGAGCAUUAUUUGCUAAUAGCGGAUCGUUCAGCAAGGCAAUCGUUGACUUUGAAGCAGCUCUAAAAAUCAAUCAGAAUCAUGUUAAUGCCAAAAAAUAUUUAGGUGAGACACUUUUAGCUUUAGGACGAAGCUAUGAAGAGGAUGGAAAGUUUGAAGAAGCACAGAAGGCAUAUAUUGAUUGUCUAAACAUUAAUCCUCACCAUCAAGAAGCUUUGGCAUCUCUAAAUUACAUCAAGACAAAGAUUAAUGCCAGAAAAAUUGUUGAACCAGCUGAACUUGAGUUGCCUCCAUUGAAUAUUGGAUCAAUUCCGCCAUUAAAAGAGACAAAGAGAGAUUAUCAUGAACCGAAGAGUAAGGAAGAACGUAAAAAGUCAAAAAAGGAUAAAAAGAAAAAGGGAAAGAAGCGCCAUGAUUCUUCGAGUGAAAGCAGCAGUGAUUCGUCUGAUAGCAGUGAAUCAAGUAGCGAAAGUUCUGAUAAUACAUCGACAACAACAGGUAAUUCUGACUCAAAUUCACGCUCAAAGAAGGAAAAGAAAUCAAAACUCAAAUCAUCUUCGCCAAAACGUGAAUCAAUAGAUUAUCAUUAUGGACAGACCUAUGAAAUGGAUGAUCAUGAAAUGAAAGUUAAAAAGUUUUUAGAAAUGGGCAAGGAUGAAGAUGAUUAUGAAGAAAAAGUUGGUCAAUUGUUAGCUGAAGCAUCAAAAUAUCAAAAAAGCAAGCAGGCAGAAGAGGCUAAACAGGCCAAAAAGAAGAAAAAAUCAGAUAAAAAACUGAAAAAAGAUAAGAAGAAGCGCAAAAAGGACGAUAAGAAAAAGACGAAAGGAAAUGAGAUUGAGGAUCUCCGCGAAGCACUUAAAAUGUUUGAGAAUUUGCCUGAAAAGAUCAAAAAGUUGUAUCAAGAGAAAAUGCGCGAAGAGGAAGCAACCAAACAGAAAGAUUCAGGUGUAAAUGAUGAAGGCAAAUGGAAAAUGAAGUUUUCAAAGGAUGAAAGGCAAGGCGAUAAAAAAGGACCGACAAAAGGAUUUAGUUUGUAUGAAUCUGACGAUGAUGAUCAAGCACGUAAUUAUCAAAGUCAUCCAAAUAUCGCAGCAGCAUCUACUAGCUAUGCAAUAGCUAGUUCAAUGAGUACGAGUGAUAAGAAGCGUUCUUCUCCAGUUAAGGAUAUUCCAACUCCAAAUCCAAUUAUUAACAAAGGUCCAGUAGUUUUAGAUAAAUUUGGGAAUUUCAGAUUAGCUGAACCACCGCAAGCAUUGCCAAAACCAGCUGAAUCGUCAAAUAGGCGUUCUAGAAGCCGUAGAAGCAGAAGUCGCAGUGAUUCACGAUCUCCACGUCGUCGUCGUUCAAACUCAAAACGAAAGUAUUCAAGAUCAUACUCACGUUCAUAUUCACGCAGUCCAAAUCGCAAUAAUCGAGGAUUUGUCAAUCGUUAUGAUAAUAGGAAUCGCCAACGCUAUAGUCCAAAUCGUAUGAAUCGAGGUCGUGGACGUUGGAAUGAUAAUUUCAGAGAUUACAGACGUAAUGAUAAUAAGUUUGAUAGACGAGGAAAUCGUGGUGGUGGAAGGUUUAACAGGUUUGAUAGACGAAGCAUGUCAAGAAGUCCAUUAAGAUCACCAAAAGCCUCGCCAGAUCGUCGAAAUGAUAGUACAGUCGAUAGAUCAAAGGAUCGCUGGGCUGAUGAGCCAGUAGUUGAUAAAUUAAACGAUUCUCGUGAAAAGGAUGAUUUGAAGAAAACUAACAGUGGUAGUUCGUUGUGGUAAAAUUGAUUAACUUUAAUUUUGAAUUAAAUUUACUGUAUUAAGAUUAAUUUUCAGAAGUUACAAAAAAGAAUCAAUCAAAUAAAGUAUAACAUUAAUUUUUCUGUCAUU